AUGCGCUUCUUCAACACCAGUCUGUCUUUGGUGCUGGCAUCAACUGCCCUUGUCGCCGCUCAAAGCGCAACAAUCACAGCCCCAAGCGGUGACGAGCAAUGCUCUUCUGUGCCACUCGUCCAAAAUUGCGUCGCAAUAAUGCAAAAAGGCCUCGACAAAUGCGCCUCAAGUGACUGGGACUGCAAGUGUUCAGGCGCAGCCAACAUUUUCAGCUGCUACGCAGAUUGCGUCGGCGAAGACCGCGUCUCCGCCGAACUCCUUAGCGAACACGACUGCCGCACCGCCAACGCAUACGACAAGGGCCGAUCCACCGUUAAUGAUGUAUAUACGACUCCCAGUCCUAAUGCCAUUGAAGCUACGCCUACAGAUGCUACUACGACUGCUUCGGCUAAGAGUACGAGUGAGCCGACUAAGUCUUUAGGUGAGAAGGCGGCGCCGUCGAAGGGUGCAGCGCAGAAGGGUCCACCGGAAUUUAACAUGGAGCCUGGGAAAGGCCUCCGUUUCAACCCCUUCCCUGCGUCACUUGGGCCCAAUUAUAACUGGCGCUUGACUAUCCGCAGACCUCUUGCCCGUCUGGGCGCGCUUCACCUCCUGUCUCCCUUCUUCCCUGAUGUUACUGUGCUGGCACAGUACUCCAGUGAUGACCUCUUCUCCUUCGUUACGCUCCCCGAUGUAAGAGCACUGAAAUUCAACAUCGAAUACCACAAUCGCGAGCGGGUCAGUCCCGGGUACUGGUUUGUCUCGCCAUACCUACACAUCGACCCCGACCCACCGAGCAGUCUUUACGAACAAUACCAGAUCGGUCCGCACAUCUACGAUGACGAAGGGCGCCUCGUCUGGACCGGCUCGCAACAGUUUGACAACCGCAAUGUCUUCGAUUUCAAGGUUACCAACAGUCUUGGCUCCGACCCGCACCUCUCCAUGGUGUUGCAACACUCGUGGGAUGGAGGAGAGGAUUCUGGCUUCGGAAUUGUCUUGAGGAACGAUUAUGAACAGGACCGAAAACUGCCUCUGCGACGCGACCUGGGUAUUUUCGACAUUCACGAGUUUAACAUUCGCCCCGAUGGCAAGUCCGCGCUGGUCUCCAUUUACCUCUCCCAUGAAAUUACCCUCGAGGACUUUGGCCGCCCUGGUGAGCCUACCUGGCUCGAGUCUGGUGGAUUUGCGGAGAUCGACAUGAACACAGCCGAGGUGAUUCAGUGGUGGGAUUCAUUCAAUCGGAUUCCUCUUUACGAGAGUGUCCAUUACGGCCCGGACUCGGCAGCGGAAGGACACCCAGGUUGGGAUUAUGUGCACAUCAACUCUGUUGACAAGAAUGAGGCCGGCGACUAUUUGAUCUCGGCGCGAUUCACCAAUACUAUUUAUAUGAUCUCGGGCAUUAAUGGAGACAUUAUGUGGCGACUGGGCGGAGCUUAUACUAAUUUCCAGCAAGACUUUACCUUCUCCAAGCAGCACGACGCGAAAUUCGUGGAAUCGAAUGGGACACACCAUAUCAUUUCUUUCUUGAACAACGCAUCUGAUGAGGAAUUUAACGAGGAGAAUAUGUCGUCGUCUAUGUUUGUGGAAUUGGACACUGGCGCAAACCCAAUGACCGCGCGUGUUAUUCGACGCUACAACCGCCCUGACAGCGAACUCUCGAGACUCCGUGGAAACACCCAGCAGCUCCCGAACGACAAUGUGUUCACGUGCUGGAGCAAAGGAGGCUAUAUCUCUGAGCAUGGUGCCGACGGAGAACUCUUGUUCACAGCGAACUUCACAUCUCCCCGCUACUCGAGCUACCGGGGAUACAAAUUUGAAUUUACUGGCCGCCCCAACACCCCGCCCGAUGUGGUGGCCUCGGUGUCUGGCACCGAUGAGACCAACAUGGUUACCUCGUUCUGGGUCAGCUGGAACGGAGCCACCGAGGUCGCGACAUGGAACUUCUACGCCCAAGCCUCUGAAUUCCACUUCCCCGUGCUCGUUGGAUCGACUCCUAAGUUCGACUUCGAAACCAUGUUUGUUAGCGCUGGUUACCUCGAUUGGGUAUCAGCCGAGGCCGUGGAUGUCAACGGCACCGUCCUUGGCAAGUCCGAGGUGCAUCGCACCAAGUACCCCAACUGGAAGUCUGUUGGAUACAAAGGAAAGUCAAGCCAUCCCCGCCCUAACGAUCCCUCGAUUAUCUACCAAGCGAGCGACAAGACCGGCGGAGACAAUGUCAUAGACGAGGCGGGCCGUACCUCAUCCGAUGCAAUGGACACCCAAACACAAAAGACCAUCCAAGUCCUCAACCACUCUUACGAGGCUAUUCGCAACAUUGGCGGUCUAUUCGCUUUUAUUUUGCUUCUUUGCCUGUUCUGUGGUGUUGUGGCAAGCUAUCUGGUCAUUCGUGGCUGGCGGGUCCGGCUGUAUCAGCGUCUUAAGAUGGAGGAUGGAUUCCCUGAGGAGCAGGCGCACCUGCGAUCUACACAUCAUGAGGAUUAA